UAAAACCCUAAACUCAUAAACCCCCAAUCCCGCCUCACACAGUGUCCUCUCGCAGUUCAUGCAGCGAACGCCCCCACUCUCCUUCCCAAAAACUUCCACAAAGCGAUGAACUUCCGGUUCCAGAACCUGUUGGGCGCCCCCUACAGAGGGGGAAACGUGGUCAUUUCCAGCAACACCGUGCUACUCUCCCCCGUCGGUAACCGCGUUGCCGUCACGGACCUCCUCAAGUCCGAGACCACCACGCUCCCCAUCCAGUCCUCCUCCAACGUCACCCGCAUCGCCGUCUCCGCCGACGCCACCUUCCUCCUCGCCGUCGACGACCGCAACCGCUGCCUCUUCAUCAACCUCCGCCGCCGCGCCCUCCUCCAUCGCAUCACCUUCAAGCACCGCGUCACCGCAGCGAAGUUCAGCCCCGAAGGCUCCCUCAUCGCCGUCGCUGCCGGGAAGCUGGUCCAGAUCUGGCGCUCGCCGGCGUUCCGGCGGGAGUAUUUCCCCUUCGAGCUCGUUCGGACCUUUGCGGACUUCGACGCGAAGGUCACCUCCCUCGAUUGGAGCCCCGACUCGAAAUACCUCGUCGCCGGGUCCAAGGAUUUGACCGCGAGAAUCUUGUGCUUGAAGAAAUUGAACACUGGUGGUGUUAAAAAAAGGCCUUUUUUGCUCCUAGGGCAUAGGGAUUCUGUUGCCGGUUCGUUCUUCGGUGUCAAUUCGAAGACUAAUAGGGUUUGCAAGGCUUAUACGGUUACUAGGGAUUGUUAUUUGUUUAGCUGGGGUUUUACUUCUGAUGAUGAUAGUGGUGAGGGUUCGGAGCCGCCCUCUCCGGGGACGCCGGAGAGGGACGUGGAAGAGAAUUUGGAGGAUAGUGAGAAUGAUGGUGUGGAGAAAAGAAAGAAAAUUAGUGAGAAUGGUGGUGUGAAGAAAAGAAAGAAAACUGAUAUUGAGGAUGGUGAUGAAGGUUACUUGAGUAGAGGGAAGUGGGAGUUAUUGAGGAAGGAUGGGUUUAUGCAGGGAUCGGCAAAGGUGACCGCGUGUGAUUAUCAUAGAGGGCUGGAUAUGGUGGUUGUUGGAUUUUCUAAUGGUGUGUUUGGAUUGUAUCAGAUGCCGGAUUUUGUGUGCAUUCAUUUGUUGUCUAUUUCAAGGGAGAAGAUUACCACUGCAGUGUUUAAUGAGCUUGGGAAUUGGUUGACCUUUGGCUGUGCCAAGUUGGGACAGCUGCUUGUGUGGGAGUGGAGGUCUGAGAGCUACAUUUUGAAGCAGCAGGGUCACUACUUUGAUGUGAACUGCGUUGCAUAUUCGCCAGACUCGCAGCUCCUUGCAACCGGAGCAGAUGAUAAUAAAGUGAAGGUGUGGACUCUUUCCUCAGGCUUUUGCUUUGUUACAUUUUCUGAGCACACUAAUGCUAUUACGGCUCUACAUUUUAUACCAAGUAACAAUGUCCUGCUUAGUGCAUCUCUUGAUGGGACCAUUCGUGCAUGGGACUUAUUACGUUACCGGAAUUUUAAGACGUUUACAACCCCUUCUCCGAGGCAGUUUGUUUCUUUGACAGCUGAUAUAAGUGGUGAAGUGAUAUGUGCUGGCACUUCAGAUUCCUUUGAGGUUUUUGUUUGGUCAAUGAAAACGGGGCGCUUGAUGGAUGUGCUUAGUGGUCAUGAAGCUCCUGUUCAUGGACUGGUGUUUUCUCCUACAAAUACUGUCUUGGCUUCAUCAUCAUAUGACAAAACUGUUCGGCUGUGGAAUGUCUUUGAUGGAAAAGGAGCAGUUGAAACGUUUCCUCACACACACGAUGUUCUUACAGUUGUUUACCGUCCAGAUGGAAGGCAGUUAGCUUGCAGCACAUUAGAUGGGCAAAUUCAUUUUUGGGACCCAAUAGAUGGUUUGCUAAUGUACACCAUAGAAGGUUCUAGAGAUAUAGCCGGUGGGCGUCUUAUGACAGACCGUAGAUCAGCUGCUAACUCAACUUCAGGGAAGUUCUUUACAACCUUGUGUUAUUCAGCUGAUGGAAGCUAUAUAUUAGCUGGGGGAAGUAGCAGAUACAUCUGCAUGUAUGAUGUUACAGAUCAGGUUUUGCUUCGACGUUUCCAGAUAACUCACAAUCUCUCAUUAGAUGGAGUGCUUGACAUUUUUAACUCGAAGAAUAUGACUGAAGCUGGCCCACUAGAUUUGAUUGAUGAUGACAACAGUGACAUUGAAGAAGGUGUUGACAAACAAACACGAGGGAAGCUAGGAUUAGACUUGCCAGGAUCUAUGCCUAACCGUGGAAGGCCUAUUAUUCAGACAAAGAGCCUGAGAAUUGCACCUACGGGACGUAAUUUUGUUGCAGCAACAACUGAGGGAGUUUUGGUUUAUUCUGUUGAUGAAUCAUUCAUAUUUGAUCCAACUGACCUAGACAUAAAUGUUACACCUGAGGCUGUUGAAGAGGCUCUGCGGGAAAAUCAACCAAGUAAAGCCUUGAUCCUUAGCCUUCGCCUGAAUGAGGAUUCUUUCAUUAAAAAAUGUAUAUUUGCGGUUAGUCCAGGAGAUAUUCCAGCAGUUGCCACAUCAAUGCCUUACAAAUAUAUCCAGCGAUUAGUUGAGGCACUUGCAGAUCUUUUAGAAAACUGCCCACAUUUGGAAUUUACACUUAGAUGGUCUCAGGAGCUCUGCAAAGCCCAUGGGAGUUCUAUUCAGCAGAACUCUAGAAAUCUGUUACCAUCAUUGAAAUCUUUGCAGAAAGCAAUCACUAGAAUUCAUCAAGAUCUAGCAGAUACAUGUUCCUCCAAUGAAUAUAUGCUGCGAUAUUUAUGUUCUUCUGGUGCCAAGAAAUGACCGCUAAGAAUUCACAAGUUGGAUUUUUUACAGCUUUGCUCAAGAAUCCUUGUCCGACCCAAGUAUUAUUUUAAUGCGGUACUGCUGAGCAUCGGUCGCAUGUACAACUUGCAACCUAUAAAGAAUCAAGCAAAAUUUUGACGUAUCUAGUUGCAUAGCACAUUUUCCUCUUUCCAUUUCCAAAGGAAUUUAUCCUUGAAUGAAGUUUCAAUUUUCUGGAAGGUGUGGCAUCUGUCAGGUUUGUUUCACGGCCUACUUGCAAUUCAACCAAGACAUUUUGAUAAUUACGUUCUACAGUGAUUUUUUGUAAUGGGGUGAUUGUUAACAACAGAUUGCAGAGGUUGAAAUUCCUGCUCGAUAUACCCUGCAGCGUGUUUCGAAUCAAAUAUUUUAUAGUUAAUUAAUGUAAAAUGUUAGAUAAAAAAUUUUGUUCAGAAUUUUCGCCAUGAUAUAAUUGAUUCUCGGAUUGGUAAAGUAGUCUUGCCACUUUA